AGCACCACCACGCCUAGAAACACCCGCACAUUCACCGGAAGUACAUAUAUAAUACACGCGGAACCAGGUGCACUUCAUACAUCAAACAUGGCGCAAGGAGCGCCGGCCAACGCUGGCAACAAUGCCUUCAAGGACAAGGCCAAGCCGCAGGCAGUAAGGGAAGCCAACAUCACCGCUGCCAGAGCGGUCGCAGAUGCUAUUCGCACCUCUUUGGGUCCCCGUGGUAUGGACAAGAUGAUUCAGACGGGCAAAGGCGAGACCAUCAUCACCAACGACGGCAACACCAUGCUCAAGGACAUGAGCGUGAUGCAUCCCGCCGCGAAAAUGCUCGUGGAUCUGGCAAAUGCUCAAGACAUCGAGGCAGGCGAUGGCACCACUUCAGUCGUUGUCAUUGCCGGCAGUUUACUAGGCGCGGCCGAGCGUCUCCUCGCCAAAGGCAUCCACCCAACAAUCAUCAGCGAGAGUUUCCAGAGAGCUGCCGCCCGAGCAGUAGAGAUAUUAGAAGAAAUCUCCGUUCCCAUCAAUCUUGCCGACCGCCAAACUCUCCUCAAAGCUGCCUCCACAUCGCUUUCCUCGAAGAUCGUCUCCCAAGAACCCAAGCUGGCUCCUAUGGCAGUUGAUGCUGUCCUGCGAACCAUCAACCCACAAAACGCUCAAAAUGUCGAUUUACGGAACGUGCGGAUCCUCAAGAAGGCUGGCGGUGUGAUCGAUGAUUCCGAAAUGGUGGAUGGGCUGGUCCUCAGCCAACAAGCAAUCAAGAGUGCAGGUGGUCCCACACGGAUAGAGAAAGCCAGAAUAGGUCUCAUCCAAUUCCAGCUCAGUCCGCCAAAACCAGACAUGGAGAAUCAGAUUGUGGUCAAUGACUACAGGCAGAUGGACAAGAUUCUCAAAGAAGAACGAACAUACCUCCUCAACAUGGUCAAGAAAAUCAAGAAGGCCAAAUGCAACGUGCUCUUCAUUCAGAAGAGCAUCCUCAGGGACGCUGUGAACGACCUGAGUCUACACUUCCUCUACAAGCUAGGCAUAAUGUGCGUUAAGGAUAUCGAGCGAGACGAAGUAGAAUUCAUCUGCAAGUCGACAGGCUGCAAACCGAUCGCCGACAUCGACUCCUUCACCGAAGAUAAGCUGGGCACGGCAGACUUGGUCGAGGAGGUUUCGAACCUGGGUUCUCGUUACGUGCGAGUCUCGGGUGUCAAGCAUCCAAAUCCGAAUGCCCCCAAGACCGUCUCGAUCGUGGCACGAGGUGCCAACACGCUGAUCCUUGACGAGGCCGAGCGAAGUUUGCACGACGCCAUGUGCGUGAUUCGCUGUCUUGUCAAGAAGCGAGCUCUCCUGCCUGGAGGCGGUGCUCCAGAAAUGGCAGUCGCGACGCAACUGAGCCAAGACGCGCUAACAUCGC